AUGUCCCUCCCACCCGACUCUCGCCCCGACUCGCCGCCUCCGUCUCCUCCUCGCCCCGUCUACCUGCCACCUGACGCGCCAGAUUCUGCCACGACCAUCGCCCUCGCCGAGCCCAAGCCCAACGUCUCGCAGCCGCCCAAGCACGUCGGCCGGUCGAUCAAGGUCCCCGACAGCAACAAGGCCGGCCCGGGCGCACAGAAGGUGGUCUGCCCGAUACUGUCCGCCGAGCUGUUCAAGGAUAUCGCCGCCAUGGUCCGCCUCGACAUCAAGCCCAGCCUCUUCGUCCUCGUCAAGGGCUCGCCGCGUCGCCUCCAGCGCUCGCCCUGUUUGCCAUCGGCCUCCUCGUCGUGGAACAGUCGCUAA